GUUAUACGUAUGUCCCCAUAUCUCUUCCCUCUUGCGUCUCCCUCCCUCCUACCCUUCCUAUCCCACCCCCUCCUGCCAUAUUUUUUAAAUCAAGACUUGUCACAAUCUCCAUGUGCCUCCCCAAUAUGCCACAGACGGACCCCUCAAGCACCACUGGCUCUGCCAGGUCAUGUGGCCUCGUGGCAGAAUCAUACGUGCUCAAGGCUUUUCCUGCUGGAGAGCCUUCACUUGCUCUGCGCCCUGCCCAAAGCUGGCAGUCUUCUGGGUCAGUCAGUAAACGGGUUGGAGCAAGAUGCCCCAAACAAACUGACAAUUUUGCCUGGAAUUGGGCCUUAGUGGUAAGGAAUUCAAAAUGCAGGAAUUUGUCCUACGUUAAUGGAGGAACUAUUCUGACCUCAACAGACCCCUUGAUCCCCAGGAACUUUAUUCAAGGAACAGACAUUUGCAUUUUCACAUGCUUUAUCUCCCACCUCUGACUCACAUAUAUAUGUCUUACCAAAGCAUCUAGGGAAACUGUUGAUCUCCAGACCCUAUCAGCAUGAUGCCAUCAGCGUGCUGGAACAUUGCAUUGCUGAGGUCAAUGUCCCUGUGAGGCAGUCUGUGGCACAGAGCUGAACAGCUAAGAUAAUAUAUAUCAUUCAGCAGGACAGCAGUGGAGUACUGCUGCCCUGCCAGCUGAAGACAAAUUGCUUCUGAUGUUCUUUGCUCAUCAAAAUCAAGGAAAAAAAUGAAUUCACUGGAUCAAAGGGUUCAUACCAAAUGCCAAGAGCUGGAUGAAUUUGCUUUAGCAAGAAGACCAUUUCUGGAACAGCACCUGCAAUUGGAGUUAACACGUUUUAAAGCUUACAACAAUCCAAAGACCUGCUGGCCAGGCUGAGCUGUGAGGCAUCCCCUACUGACACCCAGAGGUCCUGGAAUCCACGAGGCACUGUCCUCAGACCUCAGAACUGAUGUGGUUCAGAGAUGGCUCUUUCCUAUUAUUUCCAAAGGGCAGCGAGAGAUAGCAGCUACUGUCUACUCAGCCUCAGGGGAUGCAUCACGCGUGAAGAUGAAAGACCUUCAUGCAUGAUAGUAUGGCAAGGAGAAGGGACUCUCUACCACUCAGACCAAGAAUUCCCCUGAAACAGGAGUGGCCCCAGAGAACUGAAGCCAGAAACAGGGCAGGAGCAGGGGAGCAACACAGGGUCUCCUGGCCUGGAGGAGGGGAGCAGUGUGUCCAGACAGCCCUGAGAUGGGACCUGUGACAGCGAUGACACCGGCCAGCCUGAUGGUGCCAGCCUCUCUGCCAAACACCUCACCUGCAUUCGCUCAUUUAAUCCCCAUCAAUAUUUAUUUAUGAGGAAUUUCCACUGAGAUGAGAAGACAGGCCAAAACGCAAGCAGGUUGGAUCCAGCCCGUCCCCGUGGAAACGCGCUUCCAUCUCCCUGAGAGGGACUUGUUGACCACAAAUAUCUGCAAGGUCUGGCGCACGGAGGACGACACACCGAGCCUAAGAGAGGCCAGCUCUCUCACAUCAGCGGCUGGUGGUUUGGAGAACAUGGGGGCUGAGCUGUUGGAAAGCCUGGAGGAAGGCCGGGACCCUGGCAGUGACUCAAGCCCUGCAGAAGUCAGGGACAGCGGGAGCAAGGCUGGCCCGGAGCCCUCCUCAGGGAGGAGCCUGCAGCCAGUCCUGAGGGUGAGACGCUUCUGCAGGGAGCACGCACAGCUGCUUCGAUGGAUCUGCACAGGCCUGCUAUGUACUGCGUUUGCUGCCUUCCUGCUGAUGGCCUGCCUCCUGGAUUUCCAGAGGGCCCUCACCUGUAUGGUGAGGGUCCUCGCCCGUGUGGACCUCGUCUUCCUGGCCCACAGCCUGCUGAAGAGGCUGCUGGGGCCAAAGCUGCUGAGGUGUGUCAAGCCUCUGGGGCAUCCCGGCCCGAACCUCUGGUUUAAGAGGGAGCCCUUUCUAGCCCUUGCUGCUUUCCUGGCCCUGAUCCUCUGGCUGGUUCUGGACACCUCUCAGCGGCCUGAGCAACUGGUGUCCUUCGGAGGAAUCUGCAUGUUCAUCAGCCUCCUCUUUGCCUUCUCAAAGCAUCACCGCGCGGUAUCCUGGCGGGCUGUGUCCUGGGGUCUUGUACUACAGUUUACACUUGGACUCUUCGUCAUCAGAACAGAACCAGGAUUUAUUGCAUUUCAGUGGCUGGGCGACCAGAUCCAGAUCUUCCUGAGAUACAGGUCCAGCUUCUUGUCUGGGGAGGCUCUGGUCAAGGAUGCCUUUGCAUUUCAGGUUUUGCCCAUCACUGUUUUCUUCAUCUGUGCCAUGUCCGUUCUCUACUAUGUGAGCCUCAUGCAGUGGGUGAUCCUGAAGAUCUCCUGGCUGAUGCAGGCCACCAUGGGCCCCAUGGCCACGAAGACCCUGAGUGUGGCUUGAACCAUCUUUGUGAGCCAGACUGAGGCUCCUCUACUGAUCCGGCCCUACUUGGCAGACAUGACACUCUCUGAAAUCCACGUUGUCAUGACCAGAGGCUACGCCACCAUUGCCGGCAGCCUGCUGGACGCCUGCAUCUCCUUUGGGAUCGAUACUGCCUCCUUAAUUGCUGCCUCUGUGAAGGCUGCCCCUUGUGCCUUAGCCCUCUACACGGAGGUGGAGGAGUCCAAGUUCAGGGGUGAGGAAGGAGUGAAACUGACCUACAGAGAUGCUCAAAACCUCUUAGAAGCAGCUAGCAGUGGGGCUGCCAUGUCCGUGAGGGUCGUGACCAACAUCGCAGCCAACCUGAUUGCUUUCCUGGCUGUGCUGGCCUUCAUCAAUGCUGCCCUCUCCUGGCUGGGAGACGUGAUGGACGUCCAGGGGCUCAGCUUCCAGGUACAGCUCAUCUGCUCCUACAUCCUGUGGUCAGUGGCCUUCUUGAUGGGAGUGGCCUGGGAGGGCUGCCCGGUGGUGGCUGAGCUGCUGGGAAUGAAGCUGUUUCUGAACGAGGGCGCCGAGGAGUGGGCCGGUUCCAGGAAGCAGUGGAUCUCUGUGAGUCAGAGCAGAAAUACGACGUUUGCCCUCUGUGGAUUUGCCAACUUCAGCUCCAUUGGGAUCAUGCUGGGAGGCCUGACCUCCAUGGCCCCCCAGCAGAAGAGCAACUUCUCCCAGAUCAUGCUCUGGGUGCUCUGCACGGGGGCCUGUGUGUCUUCUCUGGUGAAUGCCUGCGUGGCAGGGAUCCUGUACAUGCGGGGGGCUGAGGUCGACUGUGUGUCCCUCCUGAACACGACCCUCAGCAGCAGCAGUUUUGAGGUGUACCAGUGCUGCCGCCAGGCCUUCCAGAGCACCGACCCGGAGUUCACCCUAGAGGCCCUGGACAACUGCUGUUGAUUUUAUAAUCACACGAUCUGUGCAUAGCAGGGACAGAACAUCUCUAUGCCUUCUGGAGGCUAUUCUUCCCCAGGAAGCAGCUGUCCCCAUCUCUCUCUCUCCAGGCCCACCCCCUUGGGGAAGCCGCAGGGUUUAGACCCACCUCAGUCAUAAAUUGGGAAGGGUGACAGGGUGAGUGGGCAGAGUGAGUACAUAAGUAAAUGAGGGUUGCCCCCCCCACUCGUCACCACAUUUCUGCUCUCCCAUUUCCUACCUCCCCAAGUGUGAAUUCUCAGGGUCACCUCUGCCUCUUCUCUCCUCUCUAUAUCCAAACAGCUCCCUGCUCUUCCCUAUACCCCCUGCCCUGGGUCUCCCCCAUUCACCCUUCCCUUCUGCUCCAGGGCCCUCAGCCCUGGCAUUUCAGCUGAUUCCUUCCCCCUCCUCUCUAGGCGCUGGAAUCUUGCUGUGGUUUAGCCCCUGCCAGGCAGCUUCUCCUGGAGACCCCUUCCUCUACGUCCAGAGACUCCCCAUGGCCUUCCUCCAUAGCACUUCGCACACUGGUGUCCUGUGGAACACUGUCCCACAAGGUAUGCAGAAGUUUCCAUGAUCCACUCCGUUUGGGAAACACUAAGCUAAAGAAAGUUAGGGGUUUAUUGUUUGUUUGUUUUUUGUUUACUGUGGACUCAUCAGUUUGAUGUGGGUAUAAUAGGAGACAUUUUUCAAAUUUGGCUAUAAGAAUCUUGUUGAUAGAAGUAUCUCUUAGUUGAGGAUUCCAUGGAAAACAAUUGGGGAAAUAUUGGUUAAUGUUCAGACUGCUUUACUCUACAUAACUGUAACACUUGCAAAUGUAACAGAGCACUGUGUGUCAGUGCACUGUUCUCAGUACUUCAUACUUUGUAACUCAGUCCCUACAACAACCCUGUGAGUCAGAUACUAUUAUUAUCCCUAGUUGAGGAACAGAGUCCCAGAGAGGUUAAGUAACUUGCCUAAAGUGGCACAACUGGGAAGAGGAAGAGGCAGAAUCCCCGCCAUCCAGUUCCACAAGCUGUGGUGUUUCAUCUCUCUGCUAGGCUGCUAACGUUCAAGGAGCUCGGUUGUGUGACUUGCUCUGACCCCCUCUGCUUGCCUUUUCUCCCCAGCCCAAUCCCUCUGCUCCAGUAGGUCAGGCAUCUGAUGUGUUUUCCCUGCCUGUAAGCCUUUGUUUCUGGAGUUCCUGUCACCCAGCACAUCCUGCCCUAUGCUCCUCCCACCUCUAUCCUCAUUUCCCCAGCAGCUAUGGCUGCGGGGAACUGCAGUGCACCUGUCCCUGAGGCCACAGGGCCCCUGUUUCCUCACCCACCUCUGUUGGAUAAUGCUUCCCAGCUGGGGCCUGAGGCAGAGGGAAUAUGGAGCCUGGUCAGCAGUUACCCUGCUCGGUCAAGGAUUUGGGCUCUACUGGGCACUGGUCUUGCUCCUUGUGACCCCCACAGGCUAGCCCUGGGUCCCUUCCUCAGGGCCUGAGUCCUUGCCCUUAGCUCUGCACAGCAGAGUCUUGGCCUGACUCCCAUACCCCAUCGCUAGGCUCUUGCCUUGCAGCUUCUGAGUCAGGAUUGGCCCAGAUACCUCCACUCACCCCACCCACAGCCGUGACAGGCAUUGCUAAUCAAUCACAGGACUCCUUGCACUGAAUCCAGAAGGGGCUUCAGAAUCCAUAUCAGCUCAGUGCUGGAUGAGCCCACCUCCAAGUAAUUCUAGGUGCCUUUUCUAGGUGGCACACUAUUUGCCACUCCUGUGCUAAGAAACAGACCCUAAGAACCCAAACUGCCAUUGAUUUUGUCUUGCUGGCCUGUGAAUGUCUAAGGUUUUUGUCAAAGACUAGAAAUCAAAGGGGGUUGGAGCAAAGAGGGAUCCUUGCAAAGCAUGAAUCCUGUGUAAGUGGUUUGUCCACUCCGGGUUUAUGUAUUGUUUAUUUAUUCAAUCAAGGGAUAUAUAUUGAGUACCUACUUUAUUACUUGGCUUGGGCCACCAUAACAAAGUACCACAGACUGGGCAGCUUAAACAACAGAAAUUUAUUUUGUCACAGUUUUGGAGGCUGGAAGUCCAAGAUUAGGGUGCCAGCA